AUGGAUAGGCCACGCCGUAACACCCGCGCGCCGAUUAAGGCGCCACAGCUCAUCGUACCAUUACCGGAACCGAAGGCAGAAGAAGAACCAUCCGGAAACGACACAAACCCGAGUCCUACUACGCGUCCUGCACGAGUCUACAAGCGCAAGACUGCACCGGAUGGGGAAGAAAGAGCUAAAACUGCAGGGCCACCAAUCAACCAUGAGAAAUUUUUCAAAACACUUAUGCAGAGUUCGAAAAGCCAGUUGGUAUCAAUGGAUAUGAACGACAUCAUCAAUGCUAAUACAUGGGAGGUGCUCUCUGAAGACGCCAAGUUGCAUUUGAAGUCGUUGCUCCCCCCGACAGCAUUCAAAGAUUGGCGGGAGACCCUCGGUGAGGAUCACCCAGCGCUGGAGGGCCUAUCUAUGAAGGUGGAGCGAGCGAAAGAGAUGGUUGGAGCCAGAUCAGUGGAUAUGCCAACAGAGAAUGGGAAGGAUCAAGAAAAUGCGAUGGUCGUCGAUGACGAUUCUCUCCCACAAUCCAUGCCGUCCGACUCCAACACAUGUUCUGCUCCGAAUUCUAUAUCUAAUUCGCUCAUGCCGACACAUCCCCUUUCUUCCUCUGAGAUUUCCUUGUCUUUUUUCACCGAUUCCCACUUCCAUGCCGCUCUUCGAACAUUCCAGGACCAUCUAUAUCUCAAUUACUUUUCCGACACACACGCACGAAAAGUUGCAGAGUACACAGACGGAAUCAUAUCAGGUAAACUUGCCGCUCCAUGGAAAGACGAGGUCUGGGAGCGUGACAAUCCAGUGUCUACACCAUCAGUGGCCGCUGAGCUCGUGCCUGCUGGGUCUGGAUCCGCCGCACUUUCUGGUGCAUUAGCCGGCGGUGCGAGUCAGGUAAAAUUAAAUGUUCUAGCUAAACGAAAAGUCAUUCGCGUAGGUGAUGUGAUUGCGUACAAACGCACCUUCUCAAUGCUAGAUAUCGUGGUUGAGAAAGAUGUCAUCGUACAAUCCAUACACCCCAAGACGCACGCAAUAGCAGUGCUCACGUCACGCGGUACUACCAAAGAGCUUCCUAAACAUGUCCUUUCUUCUUCAUCCAUGGACAUUGACGCUGACGCCUUGUCCUCCGGACCUGCAACCCUUUCGUUAACUAUCAAUAGCCCUACGAUGCUUGAAACUGCCCUGCUGGAUAUCGACGCGCGCGUUGAUAAAGCCCGUCGCCCGAAUGGCAACGCAUGGAAGGCAUUUAAUGUUUACCGCUAUCGCGCAGGGACGGACUACAACCCUUAUGACGACAGAGGAGGCCGUGAACUCCAUGGUGCACUUUUUUAUUUGAGAGCUGAAUAUUACAGCGAAAAUUAUUAG